AUGGUACCAUCCCCACUUCCUUCUGAUUUACAGGUCCAAAACAGCGCUAAAGCACAAAAUAUGUCAUUACUUACCGUCGACAGUAUACCACAUCUGGAAGAAAUUAUAAUAUCUGAAGAAAAGAAUAAGCUACUGGUACUGUUUUUUUACACUCCUACAAGUGAAUCAUGUAAACAAGUGUCAAGAAAAAUAAGAGAAGUUAGUGUAAAUUAUACUAAAGAGAGUGUCAAAUUCCUCAUUAUUAAUGCUGAAAGUAGCCCCGACCUGUUUGAUCUUUUCAAAUUGACGUCAGUUUCAAGUCUCGUAUUAGUAAGGAAUGGGUACGUUCUCAGGAAGCUUUGGGGAAGAAGUCUGGGUCAUUUCAUAAAUACAGUCGACGAAUGUGCAGAAUCUAUAUUUCAAAGCGCAUCUGAUGAAUCAUACGAAUUUAACCGUGCAAUUGGAAAUGAAGCAUGUAAACCAGAAUUAAAUCCGGCAUUAACGCAAAAACUCUCUAACUUAGUUCAAGCAGCGCCUGCUAUGUUGUUCCUUAAAGGCACUCCUUCUGAACCAUAUUGCGGUUAUUCGAGGCAAAUUGUAAAACUAUUAAGAGACCAUAACGUUCGCUUUGGUUAUUUCAAUGUACUUAAAAACGACGUGGUCAGAAAAGCAAUGAAGAACUAUUCGGAUUGGCCCACUUUCCCUCAAUUAUACUUGAAUGGCGAAUUUCAAGGUGGUUUAGAUAUAAUAAAAGAAUCUUUACAGGAAGAUCCUGAAUUUUUUAAACAUGUACUUCAAUAA